GAUCGAUGGCGGAAGUCGCUUCCUGCUCCGCCCGCCGUGGGAAAUAAUUCUUUGAAUUUCCCAGGCCUUGGGGCGGUGCUUUGUUUAUUGGGGGAGAAAGCCGGCUGUGGCACGUUUGAGCUCCGAUGGCCCUUUCAUCCUGAAGGAACAGAGAUGGCAGUAACACACCUGGCUCAGGUGCUCGUGAGCUUUGAAGACGUUGCUGUGUAUUUCACCAAGGGCCAGUGGGAUCUUCUGGAUUCGCAUCAAAAAUCUUUGUACAGCGAUGUCAUGGGGGAGAAUUACGGCCACGUGGCUUUCCUGAUGGGGUCUCCAGUUCUCAAACCCGACCUGAUCUCCCGUCUGGAACAAGAGGAAGAGCCGUGGAUUCCGAUCCCCUGUGAGGUGGAUGGAGGGAAGACUCUGGACUCUGGACCAGGUGCUGGUGUAUUCGCUCCUCCUGGUGGAAGGGAUACGACUGAGGCAGACCCCGGGCAGAGACCAGUGACCUUUGAGGAUGUGGCUAUGUACUUUUCAGAGCAGGAGUGGGCCUUGCUGGAUCCGGCUCAAAGGAGCUUGUACAGGGAUGUCAUGCUUGAGAACUAUGAAAAUACAUCUUUGCUGGGGUCUCCUGUCCUCAAACCCUCCCUGAUCUCCAGCUUAGAAGAAGAGGAGGAACCUUGGGUGCCAGAUCCGCAGGCCCUGGAGGAAAGGAAGGCCUUGGACGACAGCUCUGCAGGUGACAAGAAAAAAAGGCACUUUUGCCCCGAUUGUGGGAACAGUUUUACGGUGCUAGCGAGCCUCGUGAGGCACCAGAGAUCCCACACGGGGGAGAGGCCUUACAAAUGCCUCGAGUGUGGGAAAGGGUUUCGUGACAAAGGAGGCCUCGUCAAACACAGGAGAAUCCAUACUGGCAAAAAGCCCCACGAGUGCCACGAAUGCAGGAAAAAGUUCACGGAGAGAGACGCGCUUAUUCAGCAUCAGAAAACCCACCUUGGUGACCUGAGGAAGCGUUACCUGUGCCUGGAGUGCGAGAUGAGCUUUCUCAGCAAAGGAGGCCUCGAGAGGCACCAGAGGGUCCACGCGGGAGAGAGGCCCUUCCAGUGCCCUGAGUGCGAGAAGAGCUUCUACGACAACGGGAGCCUGGUGAGGCACCGGAGGACCCACCAGCAGGACAGGCCCUUCCCCUGCCUCGAGUGCGGGAAGCGCUUCAACAUCCGGUCCAACCUCGCCAGGCACGAAAUCCUCCACAAGGAAGCCAAGCCCUUCCAGUGCGCCGACUGCGGGAAGCAGUUUAGCAGGAAGGGGCGCUACCUGAAGCACGCGAGGGAGAAGCCCUACGAGUGCCCCGUGUGUGGCAAGGCCUUCUGCGAGAGGGGAGGCAUGGUCCGACACCGGAAUCAGCACCCAGAUGAGCUGAGGGAAAAGUUCGUCUGCCCGGAAUGCGGGAAGGUUUUUAGCAAGAAAUCCAACCUGAGGAGCCACCAGAAACGCCACACGACCGAGAGGCCCUUUGAGUGCUACAUCUGCGGGAAGAGGUUCAAGAAGAAAGGGGAAUUGGGGACGCACCAAAACAGCCACACUGGGGAGAGGCCCCACAAGUGCUUUGAGUGCGGGAAGAUGUUUGGUAGCAACGCAGCCCUCUAUCAACACCACCGGAUUCACACGGGAGAGAAACCUUACUCCUGCGCAGAGUGCGGGAAGCAGUUCACUCACAAAGGAAACUUCGAUCGGCAUCGGAGGACCCAUGUUGGAUGAGGCAAGAUGGCGGCAGGGAAAUGAUGUCUUUGGGCAGAAGCUGUGUGGCAGAAAAGGAGAGACCCCUCCACCCUGCCUUUGUGUGUGUGUGUGUGUGUAAUGAAUGACUUGUAUAUGCCUGUUGUCUUUGUCCAUGGAGUUUUCUUGGCAGGGAUACUGGAGUGGCUUGCCAGUUCCUGCUCCACUAUGACCUGUCCAUCUUGGGUGGCCCUGCACGGCAUAGCUCAUAGCUUCUCUGAGUUAUUCAAACCCCUUCGCCACGACAAGGCAGUGAUCCAUGAAGGACCAUAAGUGAGAGCUGGACCAUAAAGAAGGCUGAUCGCCGAAGAAUGGAUGCUUUUGAAUUCUGGUGCUGGAGGAGACCCUUGAGAGUCCCAUGGACUGCAAGAAGAUCAGACCUAUCCAUUCUGAAGGAAAUCAGCCCUGAGUGCUCACUGGAAGGACAAAUUGUGAAGCUGAGGCUCCAAUACUUUGGCCACCUCAUGAGAAGAGAAGAAUCCUUGGAAAAGACCCUGAUGUUGGGAAAGAUUGAGGGAACUAGGAGAAGGGGACGACAGAGGACAAGAUGGUUGGACAGUGUUCUCAAAGCUACGAACAUGAGUUUGACCAAACUGCGGGAGGCAGUGCAAGACAGGAGUGCCUGGCGUGCUAUGGUCCAUGGGGUCACGAGGAGUCGGACACAACUAAACAACAACAUUGAAUGACUGUCUAUUUAGAGGAAGGCUCACCAGCUGUUUUGCUCCACAAGGCACCCAUUUUGAAUUUUGAGGGUAGCCAGGCAGCCAGCUCCCCUCACAAAAAAAGCCUUACGGGGCCCCGUUUUGGGAAGUGAGAGCUGCUUGAACAGCGCUUCGCCGAGGGCACACUUAACCCCGUGUAGUGGUUUAAGAGACUUGAGGUCACAUCCACACCGUUCCUUCAAAGCAUGUGGGGGAGGAUUCAGCUAACUAGUCCCACUAGGAGAAGCCUGUGCAUUGAGGCUGCCCCACAUGUCCUGAAAUUGGCUCGGGGGGUGUUAGGGAAGGGAGGAGAGGGGCGUUCGUUUUGUCUAGCAGCUGGCUGAGAAGAUUGCACUGGCAGGACAAUCUCCUCGGCGCUACAUUGAAUCCCUCACUCGGCUUCCCCCAAAGAAUCUUGGAAACUGUAGUUUCUUAAAGAUGCUGCGUGUCUUAGCUAUGUCAGAGCUGAACUGCAGUUCCCUCCGCAUGCGCAGUGCGAGGAUCCUAAUAAUGACCUAAGUUGCAGGGUGUUUGUCAGGGUUACAGAGCUCAUGUGAAACACUAUCAGCGUGCAGCUCUGAAAAGAAAUGUUACCCGUUUUUAUUAUUAUUAUUAUUUUGUUAUUUAUUAAAGUUGUAUACUGCCCUGCACCCGCAAGUCUCAGGGUGGUUCACAGGAGAAAAUCACAAUAUAAAAACACAAAAUACACAAUGGAAACAAAAGCAACCCAGUAACCCUCCCCACCCCAACCCAAUUUUGAAAGGGCAUUGGAUGUGAAAUCAGCCCAAGGCCUGGUUGAAGAGGAACAUUUUUGCCUGGCGCCUAAAGGUGUAUAAUGAAGGCGCCAGGCGAAGUUCCCUGGGGAGGGCAUUCCUCAAACGGGGAGCCACUGCAGAAAAGGCCCCUUCUCUCCUCCCUCCCCAAUUCCUGUUUGCCUAAUGUUGAGCAAGCAGGGGUAACCUGUGGCACAACAGCUCCCAUGUUUGCCGGCCCUUGACCCUUGUGGCUGAGGCAGGUGGCCGUUAGACUCGAGCAACCUCUGCGAGGCCACAGGUGAGCCACCCCUCCUUGCUGUGUUCGUUGCUGUGUUCUGUGUUGCGUGCCAUGUGUGAAAUGGCUAUAGCAGCCCCUUGAGCAAUUUCCCCCUUUUGCAGUCGACUGCCAAGCUCAAAAUAGGAAGAGGAAAAUCUUGACAGGGCAGUAAGGUGAGUCCAAAACGCGGCCCUUUUCUUCUUCCUUUUUUUUUUUACAUUCUUGUUUAAUUUUUUAUUUUAUUCUGACAAAGUAACAAUCAUAGAUAAGAACAGGGGUAGGCAACCUAAGGCCCGUGGCUGGAUGCGGCCCAGUCGCUGCCUCAAUCCGGCCCACGGACUGUCCGUAAAUCAGCAUGUUUUUACAUGAGUAGAAUGUGUGCGUUUAUUUAAAAUGCAUCUCUGGGUUAUUUGUGGGGCAUAG